CUUUCUGAUGGUCAUUAGGUAUUUCUCUCUAUUCAUCGUGGUAGGAGUAUAUUUAGUUCCUCAUGACUCACCCUGUAUAUGCGCUGUGCGCCUCUGACCUCAGCGCAACCGCGAAAAAUCGAUGUUCCCGAAUUUCCUCAAACCCAUGCACCACGUGACCUGUGCUUGUACGUAAACACCUAUCCGUCAUCCCGCGAACAAAAGCAUACCUUCCGCGAGACAAACCCCACACAAGACAAAAUACAAACUUCCCCCCACAUUCUUCGAGCAGCUUCAGGACGCCGUGCAAGGUGUUCCCGGGGGGCGAGCAGGGGUCGGGCCUCAGCGUGUGGGCGCUGCCCCAGGCCGUCUGCUGCAACAUGGUGGCCGACAUGGCCGACGCCGACCAUCCCGCAGCGGCAGCCAAUCGGGAGAAGGACGGCAACGCCGCGGACAUCGCCGAGCAGGCCAAUCGGACCAUCUUCGAUUUGGUGAAGACGGGAGAACUCUCUGAGAUAGCCCAAUACGUCGACAAGUCCGGCAAAGAGGUCCUCCGGUCGAGGGACGAAUGGGGCUACACCCCAGCCCACUGGGCAGCCUUGGACGGCAACGUCGAAAUAAUGCGCUACAUCAUCGACAAGGGGGCUCCCGUAGAUCUGCCGUGCCUUGGGACGCAAGGCCCCCGACCCAUACACUGGGCCUGCAGGAAAGGUCACUCGGCGGUGGUGCAAGUCCUCCUGCAAGCCGGCGUGGCCGUCAACGCGGCCGACUUCAAGGGCCUCACACCCUUGAUGACGGCCUGCAUGUUCGGCCGGACGGCGGCGGCCGCCUUCCUGCUGGGCUCGGGCGCCACCAGCGGCCUUGCCGACAUCAAUGGCGACGCGGCGCUGCACUGGGCCGCCUACAAGGGCCACGCCGACCUCAUACGGCUGCUGAUGUACUCCGGCGCUGAUCUGCAAAGGUCCGAUCACUUCGGGUCGACGCCGCUGCAUCUGGCUUGUCUGUCGGGAAGUUUGACGUGCGUCAAACUGCUCUGUGAGAAGAGUAACAUCAAUCUUGAGCCUUUGGACAAAAACGACAAAACCCCUCUGAUGCUCGCCCAGAGUCACAGACACAACGAAAUAGUCCAAUUGCUUCAAAUGGAGAAGAAACGACGAUCCAGCUGGUUCCCCCCAUUGAACGAGGUGUGGGGACUCCUUUUUGGUAAAGCCGGAAACUCAAAAGCGCCUUUGAUCUUCUUCAUGAGUUCUGUUCUCCUCUGGGGAUACCCUAUGUAUGUCAUACGAUGUAUUCCAAUAACCUGGAACAUUCUUCGUGGUUCCCACUACUGUUUCAUUUACUGGAACGUGGUGAUGUGGGUUUGCUGGAUAGUAGCGAACAGGAAGAAUCCAGGUUACAUACCAAUGAAUUCGGAAUCAUACCACAGGUCCAUAAAACAGAUACCCAUGUAUGAUAAGUGGAAGAAGAGGAACGCCAUUUUGAAUCGACUUUGUCACACCUGUAGGUGCCUUAGGCCUCUGAGGGCCAAACACUGUAGGAUAUGCAACAGAUGUGUUUCCUACUUUGAUCACCACUGUCCAUUCAUCUACAAUUGCGUGGGUUUGAGAAAUAGAACGUGGUUCUUUCUAUUUGUGAUGAGCAUAGCUGUGAACUGCUCUUUUACUAUUUAUUUCGCUAUGUAUUGCAUAGCAACAGAGGGAUUCGGGAUUUUGUAUGUCCUUGGACUGCUCGAAGCAUUCGUGUUUUCCGGAUUGGGAUGGAUUUUAACAUGUACCUCGAUUCUUCAUGCAUGCAUGAACCUCACUACAAACGAAAUGUUCAACUACAAACGUUACCCUUACUUGAGGGACAAGCGAGGGCGGUAUCUGAACCCUUUUUCAAGGGGACCCAUACUGAAUCUCAUCGAGUUCUUCUUCUGCACACCUGAAGACUACGAUGACGAUUACGGCUACGACUAUAUUUGAUAUAGGAGGAAUAGUAGCAAUGUUAGCGAGUUUAAAAAAACACACAGAUAGCUUUUAAAAACUUGAUGCUUCAUCGAAAAGUUCGCUUCAGGAUUAUAAGAAAUUUCCAAUUUUCAAUAAUAUUUUCAUUAAAAAAUUGUUGAUGAUUUUAAAACAAUGAGCAGAAUAAUACCUUUGUAUCUUUCUUGAUUUGACACUACACGGUAAAAAUGUUUGAGAUGAUUUUAACUCUAGGUUCAAAAACUUUUUGUCAAUCCUAGUCCAAACCAUAUCGUGUAACCACCUACCCUCUGAAUUAUACUGACAUAA